AUGGAUGAGGUUAGACAUGGAGGUAGUAGUAGUUGUAGUAGUGAAGCGGAGCAGACUCAGUCCAGAGCUACGUUUGUUGAAACGGCGUCGUCUUCCUCUUCAUCAGGAUGGUGUCCCAGGGAGCUUGCUUUUGCUCCUUUUGUGCCGCAGCAACAAAAAGAAGAUAAACGAGUUAAUGCUGCUGGGAAAUCCUCAAAGUAUCGUGCACUUGUUAGGAAGCCUUUGGUGGCAAGAUUGACCAAGGAAAUAGUUGAAACAUAUCAAAUAUGCAAUCCACAGUUUAAAUAUUCCGAAGAUCUAAAUCCAAAGAGAUUUUUGACCAGUCCAUCUACUGGAGUGCUUAAUGAUGGCUAUGAUAAUCUAAACUCAGAUCUUAUUCUGACAGUGAAUUUGGUCUUGAUCCAUGUAGAGAAAAGUAGAAGAUAUACUGUCAAAGAUCUCCUUGGCCACGGGACAUUUGGACAAGCGCUGGUUGAAGUAACUAUUUUAACAACUUUAAAUAAGAAGUACGAUCCUGAGGAUAAGCAUCACAUUGUUCGUAUAUUUGAUUAUUUUGUAUAUCAACGGCAUUUGUGCAUAUGCUUUGAAUUGCUGGACACAAACCUGUAUGGGCUUAUCAAAAUGAAUCAUUUUAGGGGAUUGUCACUUGGUAUUGUUCAACUGUUCUCUAAGCAGAUUUUAUGUGGACUGGCUCUAUUAAAAGAUGCUGGCAUUAUUCAUUGUGAUCUGAAGCCAGAAAACAUCCUUUUAUGUGCGAGCAGUGCGAAUCAAACAGAAAUAAAGAUUAUUGACUUUGGAUCAGCAUGCAUGGAAAACCGCACUGUGUAUUCCUAUAUUCAGAGUCGAUACUAUAGGUCUCCUGAGGUUCUUCUUGGAUAUCAAUACACAACAGCUAUUGAUAUGUGGUCCUUUGGGUGCAUAGUGGCGGAAUUAUUUCUUGGAUUACCAUUAUUCCCCGGGGCUUCAGAAUUUGAUCUUUUGAAAAGGAUGAUUGAAAUAAUUGGGUAUGCUACUAUCUCUUGA